AGCCCAAGUGAGAGAUCACCAAAUGACCCUGAAACAACAAAGAAUUGUGGAGAUUUGGAGUCUAUUAUCUCUUCCUGCCAUCCCAUAACUCUCAAGUUCAUUGACAUAGCUUUCCAAAUAAAGCUGGAGAGCAAAAGCAGUAGCCAUUGCAACAUCAGAAAUAUACUUGCUGGUGGUCCAACCAACACCGGUCGAACCACGAACACUUCCGAAGAACGAACGAUCCUAAAUGGGAUUACAGGGAUGGUUUCACCAGGAGAGAUCCUAGCCAUCCUCGGUCCCUCCGGGAGCGGCAAAUCUACACUUCUCAAUGCUCUCGCAGGGAGACUUCAUGGUUCCGAUCUCACCGGAACGGUUCUCGCCAACGGCCGGAAAAUCAACAAAGCGGUUCAGAGACGAACCGGGUUUGUUACCCAAGACGAUAUCCUCUACCCUCACCUCACCGUUCGUGAAACAUUAAUCUUCUGCUCGCUGCUUCGACUACCAGACGCGUUGUCCAAGAAUGAGAAGAUCCGAGUGGCCGAGUCAGUGAUAGUUGAACUCGGACUCGGCAAAUGUGAGAACAUCAUAAUUGGGAAUAGCUUCAUUAGAGGAGUUUCGGGUGGUGAGAGAAAACGAGUCAGUAUUGGACAUGAAAUGCUGGUGAACCCGAGUUUGUUACUCCUGGAUGAGCCCACCUCGGGGCUUGACUCAACGACGGCUUACCGGUUGGUAUCUACGUUGGAAUCGCUGGCUCAGAAGGGUAAGACUAUUGUCACGUCCAUGCACCAACCGUCGAGCCGAGUUUACCAAAUGUUCGACUCAGUUCUUGUCAUGUCAGAAGGAAGGUGUAUAUAUUACGGCAAGGGCUCCGAUGCUAUGCAUUAUUUCGCGUCAAUCGGGUUCUCGCCGUCGUUCCCGGUCAAUCCCGCCGAUUUCCUCCUCGACCUCGCAAAUGGAGUUUUUCAACCUGAUGGAACUAGAGAAACAGAUAAGGCCAAUUUAAAGCAAAUCCUUACCACCUCAUACAGCAAUUUGCUAGCUCCCAAGGUGAAGGCUGCUUGUGUGGAUACCAGUCCUAUCAUGGUGGGGAGCCAUGGAUCACCAAUCAAAGAAACUCAAAGAAGUAUUGGUAGUAGCAGCAGCUGUAGUUGGUUAAACCAAUUCACUAUCCUCCUCCAGAGAAGCCUAAAAGAGAGGAGGCAUGAAUCAUUCAACUCACUAAGAGUCUUCCAAGUUAUAUUAGCUGCAUUAUUAGCUGGUAUCAUGUGGUGGCACUCUGAUAUUCAUGAUAUUCAGGAUCGUCUUGGCCUCCUCUUCUUCUUUGCUAUCUUCUGGGGUGUAUUCCCUGCAUUCAAUUCUGUUUUCACAAUCCCUCAAGAACGUGCCAUCUUCAUCAAGGAGCGGUCCUCGGGCAUGUACACACUAUCAUCUUACUUUAUGGCUCGAGCUGUUGGAGAUAUCGCUAUGGAGCUCCUUUUGCCUACGGUUUUCACUACCUUGGCUUAUUGGAUGGCUGGGUUAAAGCCUGAUCCGGGAGCAUUCUUGUUGAUGCUAGCAGUGCUGCUAGGCUAUGUACUAGUGGCUCAGGGGCUGGGCCUUGCACUUGGUGCAAUCAUCAUGGAUGCCAAACAGGCAUCCACAGUUGUUACAGUUACAAUGCUAGCAUUUGUGCUCACAGGAGGCUUCUAUGUGCACAAGGUGCCUGCUUGCGUGGCCUGGAUAAAGUAUACUUCAAUUACAUUCUACUGCUAUAGACUCUUCAUCUAUAUCCAGUACGGAGAUGGCCACUCAAUCUGGUAUCUAUUAGGUUGCUCAGAACAGAGCAACAGAUACAGUUUAAGUUGCAGCUUUGUGGAAGAGGAUUUGGAACGACAAAUUCAUCCAAUUAUGUGCAUCGGCAUAUUGGUUUUCAUGUUUGUGGGUUAUAGGUUAAUAGCAUAUGCUGCAUUAAGGCGCAUCAAAGUCUGAAAUAGGUAACAAUGAUGAAGAUAUUGGGAUAGCUUAUUCCUCCUAGCUAUUCAUUUAGCUUCACAUUGUAACUUUCAGUAGCAGUCAGGUACAUCAAAUAGUGUAGCCAUCCACUAUUUCUUGUAAUAGCAGGUAAUCCAGGGUGUUGCAGAGUUUUCAGCCACUUGUUUGCAACCCAAAUUGAUUGCAAAAAAAGAAAUGUUACUGAACUGUUGUAACAAAAGAAAAUAGGAAAUGUUGUCCCCAAAUGGCUACCAUAUUGAUGUUGAUUACUAGCACAUCUUGCAAUCAAAAGCAGCAUUUUCUUCA